AUGGCAUCUUCAUUAUCACCAGGGGUAAUCUCAUUGGAUGCAAAUGUAGAUGGUCGGAGUGAUGAAAGUAACGGCGAAGAAGAAGUUCGUUCAUCGGCAAAAACGCGUACAGCUUAUUCAUGCAUACAAAUUAUCAAAGAAAAUCAUCGACAACAAAUCUAUGCAGUAGAAAUAAAUAAUCAAGUACAAUAUCCAGAUGGAAUUCUAUUUGCUAGUGUUGGUGCAAAUUCUAUUCAAGUAUAUAAAUUUGAUACGAAUACAAAUAAAACUCAAUUAGUUCAUGCAUAUCUUGAUCCAGAUGCAAAUGAAGAAUAUUUUGCAUGUGCCUGGACAACAAUUGAUGAUAAAACUGAAAAUUCACCCAAAGUUUUAUUAGCGGCCGGUGGAGAACGCGGUGUUAUUCGUAUUCUUGAUAUUAAUCGUAAAUCACAACAUACUGCACUUUUACAAACCGGCGCUAUCAAUCAUUUGACAUUCGCUAAAGCUAAACCCAAUCUGUUAUGUACAGCCAGUAAAAAUUUUACGGUCACACUCUGGGAUGUUCUUUCAUCAAUGUGUCUUGUUGUAUUUCAUGGGCCCAAUGGUCAUACAGAUCAAGUGCUCUGUGUGGAUAUAAAUGAUAAAUGCACGAUGCUUGCUUCAGCUAGUAUGGAUCGCUCCGUAUUUGUAUGGUCAUUAACAAGUGAAAAAGUUCGAGAACAAAUUGAUUUAGCUGAAAAUCCAAUGCAUGAACAACAGCGUCGAUUAAUAAAAGCAUAUGCUGUAGCUUUUCCAGAUAUUGAAGCGAAAGCUAAAACACUUCACUCACAUUAUGUUGAUAAUGUACAAUGGUAUGGUGAUGCAUUGAUUUCUCGAUCUGCCGAUAAUACUUUCUGUUUAUGGCAACCUAUUCUUGGUAGUACAACAAAAGCAUCAUCAUUUAAAUUACUUCUGAAAUGGAUUGUACAUGAAAAGGAAUAUAUUUGGUUUUUAAAACUUGAUAUUUGUCGUGCUAGUCAAUUGCUUGCCAUUGGGACAUUAGAUGGUCAAAUACAAGUAUGGGAUCUUCGUCAUCAUAUGCAUAAUCCAGCCGUCGACUUUGUAAAAUUGAAAAAUAUGAAUUCAAAAGCAAAAAUAAGUCGUGUAUCAUUCAAUUAUGAUGGCUCAAUAUUGGUUGCCUGUUCCGAUGAUAGUCGCAUAUUUAUUUGGAAACGUAAAUGA